AUGCUCUUGUUUGGGUUGACAGUCGACAAUAUACGACACCGAUUUGUUGAUGCAACGAACACGCCCAUCAAGGAGACGCAAUAUGCGAUUCAAAAAUCUUCCUCCCAUGCAAUUAGGACCCCUCCAACAUUUCAUGUAGAAACGGAAAAUGAAGGAAAUGACGAGGGCGAUAUCAUAGUCGUGGUUGCAGUUGACGGGACACUUGCUGGAAUAUCAAAAAGGAAUGGGAAAGUUCUCUGGAAACAUUCAAGAGAUCUUGAAGGUGUUGAAAGGGGCUAUCAAAAACAUACCAUCAAGCCAAGACGCAACGCAGAGACAGUUCCUGAAGCUCUGGUGCGACCACUCAUUUCAACCACGACGACAACGAAAGCGGCAUCUUCAUCUUCUACGAAUUUUGCAGCAGUUCCAUCACUAGAUGGCUAUGUCUUCAUGUCAUCCUGUGGUGAAACUGUUAAGAACUCGGUGAAAGAAUUAGUUUCUAGGUCGCCCUUUCUCAACGAUGAUGGUCAAUUCAUUGUCGGAUCUAGGCAUUCUACUGCCGCAGCACUCGAUGCUACCACAGGAGAGGUGUUGAGACUGAUUCCACCUUCUGAGAUGGAUAGAGACCUGUAUCCCAGCACGUCAUUCAAAGGUCGCAAUCCUGUUUGGAUCGGUCGAGUUGAUUACUCUGUGGAUGUUCAGGAUGCAAAGACUGGAACAACAGAGGUGCAAUUUUCGUCUGCAGAGGUCAUUAGUGUAAUGGAGAUGCAAGGAAAGAUAGGGACGGAUGCCUGGAAACCAAUGAAAGCAUUUGAUGGCAAAGGACAGAAUAUGGAUGAAGCACUUGCGAUAGAUGGCUUCGAACGCAUGUUGAUUCAAAGUACUCAAUUUAUUGUUCCGUCAUCGUCCAUGACGAGUGAGUUGUCCCCCUUGGUAGCUACUCCAGGAGGAAACAUUGCAUAUCGGAACACUACGAGUGGUAUUCUCGAAUGGGUUUCUGACGAAACUUUCAGUUCACCUGUCGCUUUUGCAAUUGAGGCUUCAAGUGGUGUGCGACUUGAAGUUGACAUUAUUCCUGAUGUUCCUGUGCCUGGAUCCUCUUUGGAAUAUCUGUCGCGAGAAAUAGAGAAACAACUAGAAAGGCUCUACGAGCAAGCCAUGGAUGACCAAACUAUUGUUGGAGCAUUGUCGAAUGGGCAGCUAUAUGCACUGCAUCUUGGAAGCAGGCAUAAAUUUCCUGGGAUCCCUCGUCAACGCCAUACGAUUGCGGCUACUUCUGUUUCCAGGAACGCAAAACCACUAUCUAACUUUCCUCAUAUUGUUGGUCGACCGGCAAUUCACCAUGAUGCCGUGCGUGUCCACAGCCGAGCGCAGGAUCAGAAACAACUCAUAACCACAAGCAAGGUAUGCAAUCCGAGUAGCCAAGGCUUUCCUGCAUGUCUCCUGUAUACUCGUGCCAAAAAUUAUCUUCCCAAAGAGCAAACAGAUCAUCUAGGAAGAGAAGGUGGUGACACAGUAGCUGAAGAGAGUUUAAGUGAUGUAGAAAAUGUCGCUAUGGCUGCAAAUAAACUGCCUGACGGUAUUUUCUUUCACCCUGAAUAUGGAUACAUUUCGCCGGAACAUCGUCGCCCCAAGUAUCGUCGGUAUCUAACCAUGGGCUUAUGGCUACCCCCAGCGCUUGCAUUCAUUUUCGUCAUCUCCUUUGAAUUGGGUCGGCGAAAACGACAGAAGGACAAUCAAAGAUUGUCAAGAAGUGCAGUGAGAAUGGUUGAUGGCGUUGGUGAAGUAGUUUGGUCUGAUGCCAAACCAACACAGGUGUCACAGCAAUGUGUCAUCCAAGUCAGUGAUGACAUACUUGGGUAUGGAGGCCAAGGUACUGUUGUAUACAAAGGAAAGCUUGAUGGAAGAGACGUUGCUGUGAAGCGUUUGCUGAAAGCAUAUCAGGCAGGAGCAGAUCGCGAAAUAUCACUCCUGAUUGAAUCAGAUGGCCAUCCCAAUGUUGUUCGAUACUUUCUAAAGGAGAUUCGUGGUGAUUUUGUUUACUUGGCUCUUGAGCUCUGUGAUCUCUCUUUGCACGACUUGAUAGUUGUCCUCUGUCAGCACCACGAACAACAGACAUCUGUGAGUAGAAACUCAAUUUGUUCCCCAACAAAAUUCGUUUUACAGCAGAUUGCUUCAGGUGUGAAGCAUUUGCACUCGCUGCGCAUCGUUCAUAGAGAUUUGAAGCCUCAGAAUAUCCUCUUAGCAACAUCAAAGAAGAAGGAAACAUCGUUGCCAGAAACACCUGUCCUUGAAGCUUUUCAAAAAGGUUUCUACAUAGCAAAAAUCUCGGACAUGGGCCUUGGAAAGCAGUUAUCAGGGCAAAGCAGUCUUGGUGUUAGUAUGCUGGGAGAAUCUAAUAGAGGAAGUAAACCUGGGGCAAGCUCUGUGGGUGUGGGACCUGGAAGUGUUGGUUGGCAAGCUCCCGAAGUCAUGGCUCUGAAAUGGACUUCGGACUCUUCCGUUCGUACCGAUCAGAACACUAGUUUGCCGUCUUUGACUACAGGCCAAGCAUGCAACAAAGCUACACCCACUGUCAGAACCAGCCGAUCGGUGGAUAUCUUCUCAUUGGGGUGCAUCUUCUAUUCUACAAUUGUUCCAGGCCAUCAUCCGUUUGGAGAGUGGUAUGAAAGGGAAAGCAACAUUAUGCACAACCGACCCGCACUUGGUCCGCUCAAGAAACUAUCUCCAGAUGCACAUGACCUUGUCAUCGCGAUGUUGCAGCAGAAUCCAAAACUCCGCCCUACGGCAAAGCAAAUAUGUGAGCACCCAUUCUUUUGGGGCCCACAAAAGCGACUGUCUUUUUUGUGUGACGUUUCCGAUCGACUUGAAACUGAUGACGCGUUGGAGACAUCCUUGGACACCAAUAGCACUCUUGCGAUUGAGCGUGGAGCUGUUGAGGUUGUUGGGACUGCGUGGGAUGGGCGCUUGGAUGACGCGCUGAUUAGUAAUGUGCAGAAAUUCCGAUCCUAUGACGCCUCUUCUUUACGUGAUCUUCUGCGUCUGAUUCGGAAUAAGCACCAUCACUUCGACGAGCUCCCAGACGAUUUCCGGACGUCCACUAUGUCAAACCAAGAUGAGAUGCUACAGUAUUUUGAGCAAAGAUUUCCUUCGUUAUUGAUGCAUUGUUUCCAUCACUGCGAGCGCCAUUUUGGGGAGGACGAUUUGCUGACAAUCAAAUAUUCUAUUGUGCCUGUACGGACAAAGGAACGAGCACCGCAACAACAAGAUUCAAUGCGAAACAUGUCUGAUUUAAAUGGGAACGGGCCAAGUUAUGCUGUUCAAAGUCAAAUCGAAUCAGUAGGUCUUUCCACAAAACCCGAUUGGCCCUUCCAGCUGCCUACAGCAAAUCCAUCGGAGGAGCCGGUACUCCGGGCUGAGCUUGAGGAUGGUGACAAAGAUGAAAUUGAAAUCUGGGACACAGAGAUAGAAAUGAAGUGUCUGGUAUCUGCAGGACACAACCUAACAACAGGACCUGACUCCAAUGAUAUUAUUGCAUGGGAGGGAAGUACGGCUGCGAGAACUUUCAACUGCCGCGGUUGGAGUCGUUCAGAGGACGAGUGGUCGAACAGAGUUGACCCAUGUUUCCGGAAACGAUGUCCUAACUUGAAGCGUGCCACGGAAGAUCCAAAAUUCCGAACCCGGCUCUGCAACCACUGGGACACAAAUUUGGGAACCUUUUGCCCAAUGCGAAAGAAAAGUAAAUGUAUCUUCGCACACGGACCCGUUGAAUUGCGUGUCAAAGAAGGAAAAAGGGGACGAUGGGGAAAGCUUGUAGACAAGCAUGGGAAUAAUUCAAAUCCAUGUCACUCGGGAGGAGAGGACACCUUUGGUGCAGCCAGAUCUAUCGAAAGUGUUCGAAAAGUCGAGGGAAAAUGGAACACCAACCGUCCCAAUGUAAGCUUCAAACUACUCUCUUAG